AUGAUGACUGCUACACUGAACGGGACGUUCAACUCUGCCCCUGAUACACCCUCUCCCAUCUAUCCUGAUCGUCUGAUCCGACCUCUUCCGCGACGGAGCUUACGCUCGCGAUUGUCGAUCGACGCCGCGGACACAAUUCACUAUCCACCAACUCCACCAGCGUCGCAGAUUUUCUACGGCGUUGGGGACACGGAAGAAGUGGCCCCGCAUGGAAAAGCCUACGCCCGGCAAAAGGCGAUUGAUAGGCACGAGCUCACCCCCGAGGCGGACAGCCACGACUUUGAAACAGCUAUCGAGCUCGAGAGCGGGGACGAAGACGGACCUGUCGUCGUUCGGCGCAGUGCUGGAUUUCGAAGAUCCAUGUCUGCAGGUGCGAGUCCUCGGCAUCGCGGUUUCACCGCCCCAGCCAUGAGUGAAGGGAACGGUCAGAGGGAGACAGCACGCGAUGAGCGAGAGGAUACUCAAAGAUCCAUAGGGCCUGAUGGUUACGACGCCUUUGAAAACACAAACAACAAGAAGAAAAGAAAAAUUCCCACUCCGGGAAACCUAGUCCCUCACCACACAGCGCUCUCCCCAGAAUUCGCCAAUAUGGGUAUCUUUAGUUCAAAACCAUCAAGUCCUCCACCCGCUAGCGAAGACUCCACGACGGGCACCUACUAUGGAGAUGGGAAUCCUGCCUCACCCUUGACAAGUGGUAUCUCCGGAUCAGGUCGUGGUCGUCUUGGACGCGGAUCGACUCGCAUGAGCACUGGGCGAAAUCCUUUAUCCGCCAACGCGCAGAACGCAUGGAUGACCAGUACGGCCAGGGCACCGAGCCGUCGAGAUGUAUUAAUGUCCUCUCCUGGAUCUUCAGGCGAAUUCUCCGAUCAAGGUAUCAUCUCCACGGCGAUCGCCAAGGCGGCUACUUUGUUGACCCCAUCCCACGGCGCGGAAAAUGGGAGCUUGUUGGAUCAAGAGAGUUCCAACCCUGCCAAGACCCAGUUCACUUUCACCUGUGAGUCAGACUCGUCUAAAGGGAUGGCACUGCAACGAGACCCAUACCCGAGCUCGUACCGAUCACCUGCAUCUCCGCUCGCUCCAACUACCCAGCUCCCACGUGGGUACCCUGGGUCGCGCGGUCCUACCAGCCCCCCUGGUUCGGGGCCCGCGCAUCAGCAGGCGAAUCAUGGGGCACAACCGCCUCCUACACAGGGUGGUCAAGCUCAGGUCGGACGUAAGAAGAAGCUUUCCCCUGGAAGCGUCUAUGGGACGGCCGCCCGGCAGCGCAAAAUCCAACAGCAAUACGCCAACAUCCACCAUCCGCCUCGCCUGGAGGAUAUCUGGAUUUGCGAGUUUUGCGAGUAUGAGAGCAUCUUCGGACACCCACCAGAGGCUCUCAUCCGUCAGUACGAGAUCAAGGAUCGCAGGGAGCGGAAGCGAUUGGCGGAGAAAAAGCGUCUUCUCGAAAAGGCUAAGAUGAAAGGCCGCAAGACCAAGAAGGCGCCGAAGAACUCCAAGUCUGCCGCCUAUCAUCAAAACUACCAACCGGGCUAUGAUCGCGCCUCGGUUGAUCACUCUUCCGCCGCGGGAUCUGGCCAUCUCGAUGACGAAUACCUUGGCCACGAUUAUUACGACGACGACCAGGGAUCGAUUCCCGGGCAGGAUCCUGUCUCGCCUGCAGAACUCAGACCUCCGCUACCCGCGGUACAUUCUGCGGCUCAUAAGCCAGCGGUGACCAGUCCUCCUAGCGGAGUUGUAAAAGCGGGUGAAGAUCCUAAGUCUCACUAA